AUGGGAAAAUCUCUUGCGAAAACCGAUACUGGAAAUAGGGACAACACCAUCACCUACACAUCCAACUACAAGAAGACCCCUCCUCCACCGGUCCCGCCCCGCACCACCUCCAAGCCCCUCAUCUCCAUCACGGCCCAGAGCAGCACCGAGUCCACCCAGGACGCCUACCACGAGGGGAGGCACCCUCACGGCGGCAUGUGGGCCCUUGACGGCCUCUGCCUGGGGCUCAACCCGGGCAGGGGCCUCUACAACUCCACCGACAGCCUGGACAGCGCCAAGGCUGUGACCAUCGCCAUGGAGGCGGCCGGAGUCAUGUCUGGAAAACGACACCCGUCCACAGACAGCCACAGCUCGGUACUCACCUGCGACAAGGCCAUCCUGGUUUCCAGGGCUGAAGAGUACCUGAAGACCCCCAGGUCUUCUAUAGGAAUACAGGUGGAAGCAGCCACGGACUCUGAAUCUGAAAGCAAAGGUUUGCGGGAGUACCACUCCGUUGGGAUCCAGGUGGAGGACAAUAAGAAAGGACAGGGCAGGUUCAAGCGCUCCAACAGUGUGACUGCAGGUGUGCAGGCCGACAUGGAGCUGGAGGGCUUCCCCACCAUGGAGGACAAGGGUCUGCAGUUCGGUGGGGGCUUCCAGCGACACUCGGAGCCCAGCACGCCCAGCCAGUGCGGGGCGGUACGGACUGUACGUACCCAGGGGCUCUUCAGCUACCGCGAAGAUUACCGUACCCCCGCUGAACCCGCCAGCCCCAGGGAGACCACCAGCGAGGCCCCCUGGCAGCUGGAGCCCCCCUCCCCGAGGGAGAGCGCGGCUUCACCGGGCGAGUCUGGCAGGGCGCCCCCCUCCCUGAGGAGGGACGGGAGCUGGUUCAUGCAGCUGCUGCACACAGAGACCAAGAGGAUCGAGGGCUGGUGUAAGGAGAUGGAGGCCGAGGCUGAGGAGAACGACCUGACGGAGGAGAUCCUAGGUAAAAUCCGAAGUGCGGUGGGAAGCGCUCAGCUGCUCAUGUCUCAGAAAUUCCAGCAGUUCUACUGGCUGUGUCAGCAAAACCUGGACCCCAGCGCGAUGCCGCGGCCCACCUCUCAGGACCUGGCCGGGUUCUGGGACCUCCUGCAGCUCUCCAUCGACGACGUCACCAUAAAGUUUGACCAGCUGCAGCAGAUCAAGAACAACAACUGGAGGGUCUUAGAGAGCCCGGAGAAGAAGGUGAGGGAUCCCCCCUACACUGAACCCAAACAAGUCCCACCGGCUCCUGUACCAAAGAAGACAAUUCGACAGAGGAGUUUGGUGACACGGGAGAAAUCCCUGGACCUCCCGGACCGGGGGCGGCAGGAGGCCCGGCGGCGGCUCAUGGCAUGCAAGCGCGCGGCCUCCUUCCGGCAGAACUCAGCCUCGGAGCGAGCAGACAGCAUCGAGAUCUAUAUUCCCGAGGCUCAGACUAGACUUUAAAGAGACGGGGUCCAGGGUCGACAUGUCUCCCUGCGCCCACGUUCAAACAACUUUAAAACUAGCCUUUUUUUCUAGACUGCUACUCUCUCUACUCUUCCUUUCUUCAUCUGUUGUCUGAUCUCAAUAGCCAUCCUCAGAGCCCAUCGCCAACCCCAUUGGUCUGUAGGAUGUGCCGAGCCUCUUCUCCCAUUGCCAGGAUAAGUGUUAGCAGAAAAUGUAUGUCUGACAUGGGUUGGGGGGGUUUCUCCUUGGUUUGCUGGGCGUUGUGAUCCCCAGCCUACACACUCUCUCAUCCAAUGUCCUGGAUGGGUAAGGCUGUAGUUUUUCAGCAUUUUGCAAAGUGCCAUUUAAAAAGUGCAGCUUUGAAAACCUACCAGCAACCAGGCCUUUGAGCUAAAACGAGUAAAUGAGAGAAACUAUAAUUUAUUUAAAGUAAAAAAAUUGUCAAAGUGAGUUAACCCUUCAGUAUUUUUCAAUAAUUUAAGUUUUUUUUUGUUUCUCUGGUCUUUUUUGGGGGGUAAAUGUUAAUUACAAGCUAAAUAUCACAAAAUUGUUGUAAGUUCAAAUACUUUGAAAAGUGCCAAUGCUUGAAAUACCUCAACUACGUGCAUGUGGCACUGAUCACCCACUCAAGGUUAUUCAGGCAGCCCUUAUAAGCUCUGGACUGGUCAGUGUUGAAAAAUGCAGCUUUCUCCUCAAUCUGGUUGUGGUCAAACGUUUUUUCUCGGUCUGGAUUGGUGGAAGGACUACAUCUGUCAGCUCAUUAACAUGCACAUCUCAAAAAACGUUCCUAUAUAUUUCAUUGCCAACUUUCUAAUAUCUACAUUUACUUGAAGCUGAAAACAUGCAAGUCUUGUGCCAACAUUUUCAUUCUGUCGAUGCAGUAGAAAAAAAACUAUGAAGGUUUGUGUAACUCCUUAGAUCAAAAUGUGUAGACAAAUGCACUUAUGCACUUAUUACAAUUCUCUCUAUUUCCAAGGGAAAUGUACAUACCCACAUUCACAAUAGUACUGUUGUAUUUUUGAAUUGUGAGCGGGAAGAAUAUUCAUCUUUUGUUUUAUUUUGUUCUCAUGUUCACUUCUUGUCUGCUCUCUCUAUGGCUUUUGACAUGUCUAGAUUUGUUGCAAAUAUCAAUCACAUGAACAAAAAACAAAACUGCUGUGUUUUCGUCUAAUAAACCUCUCUCAGGCCCUUUCAAGUCUCAGCCACAGUUCAUCAGGAGUGAUAGGAAAACUGCCAAAACCUAAACAAAAUAUCUGCAUACGAGUUUCAGUCACCCAAGAAGUGAUUUGUAAUCUUCAUAUUCCUGGAAAGGGUCUGUGUAGACAAAAGUCCCCUGAAGAACUAUCAUAACUGCAUUCACCGGGCAAGGUUAGAAAUGAAUGAAGCUAAAAUGAUGCGAGCAGCAAGUCCCAAAUAACUUAAACAUCACAAGUUUGUUGAAACACAUAAGGAAUAAGAUAUUGUCUGUGGCUGUGCAGACCAGUGUGUGAUGUUGUGUCACAAUAUGAUGGAUUAGUUUGAUACAUUUGACUUUGAAUCCGAUCAUAGUUUUGAGUUCAUAGUCAAUAGCUCCAGCUCCUCUUAUGUUCAACCUUAGCCUACACACAGGGCUAAGUGAAGGUCAUCAUAUUAAAACAAGUUGACUUCACAAACAAAUCUUGUUUGUAAUUAGUUACACACAAACUACUUGCAUAUACUAACUGGCUCGUGUAACUAGCCCAACCUAGCUAACUGAACCAAAUGGCAAGCAAAUGUUAGCUUGGUAACAUACAGUAUGACACAUUUAGCUUGAGUAGUAAAAUACUUAAUAUCAAAUGUCUUCAAUAUCUUUUAUCAAUACGGUAAAAUGUUAACAUUUUUAAGGUCAUAGAAAUAACACAACACAUCUCACAUUUAAUAAUCGUAUGCUAAUAACGUGCCCGUCGUGCUGGCUAAUAACAAUAGUUAGCAUAACUUGUUGGCUAAACUGAUACUUAGCAUAGUCAGAUAUUGCCAGCCAGCAAAUACUGCUAACUCGGAAACACAUUUCUAUUUUAAAUACUAAAUGCUUACUAGCUUAGACCUUUUUGACAGUUUUUAUGGUGCGAUUUAGUAUAUCACCAAUUUCAAUUAAGCCAGUUGUUAAUAAGAAUUUAGGAAGGGUUUAAUACACACAUUUAGCAAUGGAUAUACGAAUAACUGGUGCUAUCUAGUCUUGAUACGUGAUGUAAAAGUGGAAACCUGAAGUUAUGGGCCUUUACACCGGAGUCUUUAUUGGUCAUAUUGGUAGAAUUUACUUCUAGGCAGUUUUAAGUAUUUCUCCCAAAGGUGAACUCAUCUUAAGACAGAUGCAAAAAUGCUGCACUUUAUUAUUCAUUUUUGGUGACAGAAUAUCAGUCUCAAUCACGUUGCCAAUUUCACUUUGCUAAUGCAGUGAAUGUACAGUAUUCAAAUCACUGGCCUAAAAACUGGCAUCUCUUGAUAAAAAUUGGGUUAAACAUUGGAUAAUCAACAAACUAUAUGCUACUGCUCCUUAUUCAAUAAAUACAGUGUACUAGAAAAACAAUCAGCUGAUCAAUACAUUACAUUUUGGUUGAGCAAGUGUGCCAUUGUUUGUUACGGGAUGGGACUAGGGAGAUUUAUCAGUGACACAAAGUACAUUUCUCUCAAUAUAUAUAUUUUAAUGCAUACAUGUUUUGUUGAUUUAUUUGUGUGUGUAUCUUGUUUUUGUAGCACAGUGCUGACAUUCAGAGAAGAGAGGUUAAAUCAGGGGUCAGCGUGGCUUAAUUUCCAUUACUACCCAUCUGUGGCCUGACCUGCACAUCUCUCUUACACACACUCACACACACACCCCUCAAAACCAUACGCUUUCUCCUGAAACAUAUUUUGGUUAGUGAACCAUACAUUAUAAUAACUUGCCACAAAUUUUUUUUUUUUAUCAAAUACAUUCCGAUGUUUUGAUCAUAUGCAGGACUCUCUGUGUGAGAAUUCAGGCUCACAGUGUGUUUUACUUACAUUCACCAUAUCAUGAUGCGUGAGACAUCGUUUAAAUAUAAAUUCUUGUAGCAGAGCUCAGACAAUACAUUUCAGAGAGCCAACAAGUAUACUCAGUCCAACAAAUCACCAAGUAACCAAAGUCAGAGAUAGAUUUCAAAUAUGCAGUGCACUACUUCAAUUAAAGAUGUGGCUUUCAGAAGCCCAACGCUAGAUUACACAUUUCUUUUAAAGCACACCCAUCCUUAAGUCUGUUGUUUUUUUUUCAUGGCAGAGGCAGGGACCUUUAACAGCAUGACAGUGUGUUUCUGGAAAGCGUCGGGGUAUGUGAGGCCAGGCAGUUGGCAGAGCAGAGACGUUCCCCUGCUGUUGCCACAGUGGCAGGCAGACGGCCGAGAGACAGACACGGCCUGACAUAUGCUGGCUUAGAGGAGACGAGAGUGCCGCGCUGAGCCCCAAACUGCUGCUGUUGUGUAGCUGGAAGGCUGUUCUGUGACGAUCGCAUAGGCGCUGUGCCGGGUAUUAUUUCGCCUGCCUUUGACUAAGCAAAGCAGCUUAUGUAAUAUUUUCGGGUCCUUGGCGAGAUCAAGCAAGCAGCCUCUGAAAAGCUUGUGUUGAUAAAUGUAUUGCUGAGUAGUGGCCUGUACUGUAGAACUUAAGCAUCAGCACUGCAAGUAUAACAGGAAGUUUCUCCUUUAUGCAACUUGAUCAGGGCUGUGAGGAAAAACUUGGUUCAGUUGAAGAGUCAUCCACAUAAUUAACAUAACUCAGUUCCAGUAGUCAAGGGGGAGCGAAGAAUGUUGAACAGGAUGUGUGCAAUGUACGUAAGAGCUGUUAAGUUAGUUUAAGGACCUUCCUUUUGUGGAAAAGAAAAGAUUACCUUGGUACCCCUGAGACUCCCUCCAAGCCUUUUUCUAACAAACUCUCUCAGCUAUAAUGGCUGGGUCAAGUUUGUCUCACAGUUAACUUUUUCAUCUAUGAAAAGAUUUGAACUUCCUCACACUUCAUUUUUGUCCAAGUAGAUAUGAACACACAUGCACAGCUAAAAAGGACUCCUAUAACAAAGUGAUCUUGGAUUUCCUUGAAACGUACUAAAGUUGGUGUUUUAUGUAUGCUUGUGUGGUGCGCAUGUGAUACUGUGAGCAUUAGAGGAUUUAAUCGUGACUGUGGUGAGAUGAUGGUAAUUUUACAGCUCCACCAAAAUCUUGUGAAAACCCCAAGGGCAGAAAAGUGUCACAUUUAAUCAUGAGGGCAGCAAAUAACUACAAGUGCCAUCUUUUUUUACUUAUCCAACAUACUGUAAAAUUGUUACUCUACACAGCCACAUUAUCAUCCAUCGAAUUGUAAGUAAGCAAACCAUUUUCUGCCAUCGCCCACAUUUUCCUUUUUCCAACCGCAUAUUUCUAUCAUUUCAUCUGUGGCUCCACUUAUGGUGCGACUGUCUACUGUCUGCUUUUAAAUCUUGAACCCGUGAUGUGAAAUAUUUCAAGGGAACUUUUUUCGUAACCAUGCUGUUGAAAGAAGUGUCAGACUCACUGACUGAUACAACACUUCCUUGAACUUGGAAUGUGAAACUCUAUAAUUACUAGAUACAAAUUAAAAAGGUAGUCGUUUAGCUAAAACUAUUUUCAUCUCUUGUAAAUCAUAUCUAUAGUUAAGAUGAAUAUAAUGCCAAAUAUUCAUUAUUUGUAAAGAAAUAUAUAUAGAUAUAUAAAUAUAUAAUAUAUGCUUCAUUGAAACAUUACUAUUUUCUGCAUUUGCUCAUGUUUUGUUGUCGUUUUUACUUUGUUUUGUUUUUUUAUAAGCUGAUAUGAUGGCAUGCGAAAUACUGAUUCUGAAUGUAGGCUUUUCUUUCGUUUGAAAUUACAACACUGUCCCACUGAUAUGUUAUGUAUUUAUUUAAGUCAAUCACAUGUGCAUUUUUAAAUGUGUGUUACUUCAGUGCAAAUUAAUGUAUCAUUGGGUUAUUUUUGUAUUAUUUAAGUAGUUUGCAACAACAAAUGCAUUCUUUUCCUCCGUUCUUACCUAGCUGAGCUAUUGAAAGAUUUUUGCCUCUUUGAGUAGUUUGGUCAUUGCUGAGGUCAUCCAGUGUAAAUAAU